CAUUCAUAAACUGACUACCAGAGAACUUUCAUUCAGUUUUCUGCCGUAGUCGCGUGAAGAAUGCCGAAUUCGAGUUGAUACGUACAUUUGCGCGGUUUAAGUAAUUGUCGAACUUUUAUUAUGCGUACAAAAUUUUCAAAGAUUUAAAUUUUAAUUUUGUGUUUUAUCCAAUAAUACCAAAGACUGCAAAAUGCAUCACACUGAGUUAGCUUUAGUUGGAUUCUUCUUUUUACAAGUUUUACGGACGCCAGUAUACGCAACUUGCUACUUUCCUCCCGAAUUUCAAGGAGAGUAUAAAAUGCAGAGCUCAAAUACCGGCGAGGGAAUACAAUAUAGUGUACUAAACAUCACUGCAAAUUCAAUUCCAAUAUGGGGAAACUGCCAUAGAAGGAUUGGGAAUAAUUUUAUGCUUAUGAUUAACUAUGGAUCAAACAGCUGCGUGCGAUGUUUGCAUCUAAAGUUGCGAUCAAAGAAUGUUUUGCAAGUUCAUGCGGCGGGAGAUGAGCAAAUCUCCAAAAAGUGCUAUACCAAUGAAGAAUCCGCCGCAAUAAACUGCCCAUCAGAAGCGUCGCUCGAGACGCGCUCUGCGACUGAAAUAAUCCUAUUUAAAACCAAAGACUUAGAGGGAAAUGAAAUUCCUAAAGAAUUCUGCCCAAUAUAUGGGAAAUAUAAUUUAAGGUAUUUUACGACAGAUAAAUUUUAUAGAAGGGAAUGUACUGGUUUCGAAUCAGAUUUACAUUCAUGCCCUUCCGGAUCGACAUUAAACAUUCACUUCCGGCAGUGUUUGUUUGCUAGUUAUGAUUUAAAGUUAGAUUGUCUGGGAGAAUGGGAAGGUCCUAAUGGUGAAACGUUCUUAACGUUUUUGGAUAAUCGACACUUGAAGAACCGUUUGCCACAAUAUCGUUGCGCGAUGUACAAACGUAACGAAACAACAGGAAACAUAUACUUGGCCUUAGGGAAAGAUUCAACCUGUAACACUGACUUGCAUAACUCAAGUUAUGGGCACGAAGUUUUCGAAUUGGUUCCUAAAAAUGAUAAUAAUUGGCCUCGAGCGGUCGAGUUAGGAGAAUGUCGCUUUCCAGAUUGGCUAUCGGGAGAAUGGGAACACGUAACAGUGGAUGACAAUACCUUUACUUAUAGAAAUCAGACCUCAUUUAAGACAUAUUCAAUUAAAUGCGUACGCGAAGAAUCCCAAGACAAGUAUUUGGUGUUUACCAAAACUCAAUGCGACAAGAAACAGUUUACCUGUCUUAAGGUUAAGAAACGAAGUAAUAACAUAAUGGAAUUUCAAGUGGGAAUAACUUUCAGCAAUAAGAAGGACGAAAUUGAUCUGUGUUCCGACGAAAACUUUGUAGAAAAUUCUUGGAUUACCCAAGGACGUUUAAACAGAAAACUCGAGGCUUCUUGUCCAAUUUCUGGUGAAUAUACUGGAGUAAUUCCAGACAUUACGGAAUUAUGUGCGAAAUUAUGGUCGGAUUGUAGAGCUCCAGAGCUCAUGUACUACCAAGUCUCCGACUGUACAACAAAUGAGGUUUACGAGGAAAGGGAGUACAGGUGCUUAGGUCAUUGGACAGAGUCGGGUCUGUUGUACACUUACACUCAAAGAAAGGAUGUCGCGUCAGAAGCGUUUGAAUGUUUCGUCGGUUCAAUUAUUUCUGACAAGAAAGAUAUCUACAUAAAGGAAGCGGGAGAUCACUGCCAACGCCAGCUAGAUCCCUUACAGAAUGGGAUGAAUCUGAUUAAACAAGGACUGUAUGCUUGCAUAGGUCAAAUUUCCACACAAGACGACAUCACCACCAAAAAACUUCCAACAAUGUCACCCACUAGGAUACCCACAAAAUCCUGGAAUAUCGGUGUGCAAAAUCCUCCUAUAACGACUAAUUCCAUAAGUGGCUCUUCUCUUCCGUCCAUUUUAACGACGACUGUAAUUUUAGGGAUUUCCAUGAUUGUGAUCGUACAUUUUUAAGUGUAAAAAGUUCCAUUAUUAUUUAUAUUUGUUUAUAUGUUAUAGACUGUACUGUAUUUUAUUUAUCUAAUGUCGAUUACGUUUACUUGCCAAUUUUACCUGUUUUUUGUACUUAGUUUUUCUUUGUAUUAAGAUAGUCAAAAAUGAACUGCUUUAAAUCCGGGUUCAUUUUUACAAAGUUGAAUGUGAUGUAUUUUGUAUAUAAUAAUAAAUAAAGCGAAAUAAUUUA